AACGGCGUCAGAUAAUUUGAUUUUUCUUUCUUUUAAUUAACGGUUUAAUUUUAUUCUGUUUUGUUUUAGUUUUGUUUGUUUAAAAAUAUGAAUUAAAAUGUUUAAAAGUCGGGACGGUCUGUGAAACCUAUCGCCUAUUUUGUUUUCUUUAGAGGUUUCUCUGGGUAUUAAUAAUAAUGGAGAGACAAGGCCGUUCGUUUGACGCGGAGUUCCAGUCGGUGGUUCUCGGUAUAAAUCGACUGGUGAAGAUCAUGAACUAUUUAACCAAUUAUCCUGAAACAAAUGUUUACCGUGCGGCCAAACAGAAACUGGAUGCUGAAGCCAUAUUAAUGGAUAUAACACAUGAGGUUAGGCAGCUGAAAGUUACACUUAUGCACUAUCAGAAAGAGAUUUGCAUUCCGUGCCUGAAUGAAAAACAACAGAGAAUGGAAGACAUCUUGGAAUCCUUUGAGACACCAGCGAUGUCAGAAACGUCAGUACCAUCAGAAAAUGCCAGCACGUCCAAGCAGACCAUCACACACAAGUCAGCGAGGAUGGAGAGGAGGAAGACAGAACCGGGGCCGGCGUGGGAAGAAAUGCUGAGGAGGCCAUCUCAACUGCCACUGAGGUCGAAGCUGAAACUGAAGAAGACCAUAUUGAUGGAGAUGACAAAAACAACAACAAAAACAACGACGAAGCGGACAUCACCACCACCGAAGCAACAUUCAAUAACAACAUCGAAUCGGACACCAUCACCACCGAAGCAACCAACAAGAACAAGAAUGACAUCGAAGCAGACACCAACACCACCGAAGCCACCAAUAGCGUAUGGUUUCAGCAUCAAAGAUCACGAGGAGCUGAAGGCCAGGAUGAAUCAGCUAAGUCACAUGGCAAAGGAGCUCGGUCGACUCGAGACAGAGGCUUGCCAUGUCAGGGAGCUGAUUGACUUGGUUAAUAUCCUCGAGGACAUGACCCACUCAGUGGCCUUUGUAUCUGCCUUGGACAGGAGAUUCAGCAGUCAUAGAGUGAGCCUGGAGUCCGAUGGUAUUCAACGUAUCACCCAGAGUGAGCCAAUUCGUAUUGGACCCAUUUAUCAUGGGGAGUCAGGUGGUAUUUUACUAUCCUCAGACAUUCAGUCAGAUGACAUCAGGCCUACCAACCAGAGCGAGUCUGAUUCCUACAGAAUCACCAAAGAAGAUGUCUCGGAUGAUAUCAGAAGUACAUGCACACACCAUACUGAGUCAGAUGGUAUUAAACCCAUCAACCAGAGUGAGUCAUAUAUUAUCAAAACCAUCAAAAAGGGUGACUCAGAUGAUAGACCCAUCAACCAUAUUCAGUCAGGUAAUAGACGAACCAACCAUAUUGAGUUAAAUGGAAUUAUACCAUCCUCAGAUAUUCAGUCAGAUGGUAUUAGACCCACCCAGACUAUUGAGUCAGGCGGUAUUUUAUCAGCCUCAGAUAUUCAGUCAGAUGGUAUUAAACCCACCAUCCAGAGUGAGUCAUAUAUUUUCAAACCCACCAACCAGGGUGACUCAGAUGAUAGACCCACCAACCAUAUUGAGUCAAAUGAUGUUUUACCCAACCACAAUGUUGAGUCAGGUGGUAUUUUACCAGCCUCAGAUAUUCAGUCAGGUGGAAUUAGACCCACCCAUAAGUUAAUUGGUACAGGACCCAUUCAAAAUGUUGAGUCAGGUGGUAUUUUACCAGCCUCAGGUAUUCAGUCAGAUGGUAUUAGACCCACCCAGAAGUUAAUUGGUACUGGACCCAUUAAACAUGUUGAGUCAGGUGGUAUUUUACUACCCUCAGGUAUUCAGUCAGAUGAUAUUAGAUACACCCAGAAGUUAAUAACUGGUACAGGACCCAUUCACCAUGUUGAAUCAGGUGGUAUUUUACCAGCGUCAGGUAUUCAGUCAGAUGGUAUUAGACCCACCCAGAAGUUAACUGAUACUGGACCCAUUCAAAAUGUUGAGUCAGGUGGUAUUUUACCAUCGUCAGGUAUUCAGUCAGAUGGUAUUAGACCCACCCAGAUGUCAACUGGUACUGGACGGAAUCACUAUGUUGAGUCGGGUGGUAUUUUACUGUCCUCAGGUAUUCAGUCAGAUGGUAUUAGACCCACCCAGAUGUCAACUGGUACUGGACGGAAUCACUAUGUUGAGUCUGGUGGUAUUUUACUGUCCUCAGAUAUUCAGUCAGAUGGUGUUAGACCCACCCAGAUGUCAACUGGUACUGGACGGAAUCACUAUGCUGAAUCAGGUGGUAUUUUACUGUCCUCAGAUAUUCAGUCAGAUGGUGUUAGACCCACCCAGAUGUCAACUGGUACUGGACGGAAUCACUAUGUUGAGUCAGGUGGUAUUUUACUGUCCUCAGAUAUUCAGUCAGAUGGUGUUAGACCCACUCAGAAUACUGGUACUAGACCCAUUCACCAUGUUGAGUCAGAUGGCAUUUUACCAGCCUCAGAUAUUCAGUCAGAUGGUGUUAGACCCACCCAGCGUAUGGAGUCAAUUGGUACACAACUUGUACACCAUGUUGAUUCAGGUGGUAUUUUACCAGCCUCAUAUAUUCUGUCACAUGGUAUUAGACACACCGAGAAUAUUGAGUUAAAUAGUACUGGACCCAUACAUCAUGCUUUGUCAGAUGGAAUUAGACACACCGAGAAUAUUGAGUUAAAUAGUACUGGACCCAUACAUCAUGCUUUGUCAGAUGGAAUUAGACACACCGAGAAUAUUGAGUUAAAUAGUACUGGACCCAUAUACCAUGCUUUGCCAGGUGGUAUUUUAUCAGCCUCAGAUAUUCAGUCAGGUGGUAUUAGAUCCACCAUCCAGAAAAUCUAUUCAUAUAUUAUCAAAACCAUCAACCCGGGUGACUCAAAUGAUAGACUCGCCGACCAUAUUGAGUCAGACAAUAGACACACCAAUCAUAUUGAGUCAAAUGGUAUUGUACCAAACCACCAUGUUGAGUCACGUGGUAUUUUAUCACCCACAGAUAUUCAGUCAGAUGGUAUUAGACCCACCCAGAAGUUAAUUGGUACUGGACCCAAUCGACAUGUUGAGUCGGGUCAUAUUUUACCAGCCUCAGAUAUUCAGUCAGAUGAUAUUAGACACACCCAGAAGUUGACUGGUACUGGACCCAUUCACCAUACUGAGUCAGGUGGUAUUUUACCACCCACAGAUAUUCAGUCAGAUGGUAUUAGACCCAAACAGAACAUUGAGUUAAAUGGUACUAGACCCAUUCACAAUGUUGAGUCAGGUGGCAUUUUCCCAUCCUCACACAUUCUGUCAGAUGGUGUUAGACACGCGCAGAAUAUUGAGUCAAAUGGUACUAGACCCAUUCACAAUAUUAAGUCAGGUGGUAUUUUACCAUCCUCAUAUAUAAUGUCAGAUAGUAUUAGACACACCCAAAAUCUUGAGUCAAAUGGUACUGGACCCAUACAUUAUGUUCAGUCAGAUGGUAUUAUACCUGCCCAGAAUAUUGAGUCAAAUGGUACUGGAUACAUCCAGCAUGAAUCAGGUGGUAUUUUACCAUCCUCAGAUAUACAGUCAGAUAGUAUUAGGUCCACCUACCAUACUGAAUCAAAUGGUAUUGGAAUCAUUCACCAUAUUGAAUCAGGUGGUAUUUUACCAUCCUCAGAUAUUCAGUCAGACAGUAUUAGGUCCACCUACCAUAUUAUGUCAAAUGGUAUUGGAGCCAUGCGUCAUGUUGAAUCAGGUGACAUUUUAUCACCCUCAGAUAUUCAGUCAGAUGGUACUAGACCCUCCUAUCAUACUGAGUCAAAUGGUAUUGGAGCCAUGCGUCAUAUUGAAUCAGGUGACAUUUUAUCACCCUCAGAUAUUCAGUCAGAUGGUACUAGACCCUCCUAUCAUACUGAGUCAAAUGGUAUUGGAGCCAUGCGUCAUGUUGAAUCAGGUGACAUUUUAUCACCCUCAGAUAUUCAGUCAGAUGGUACUAGACCCUCCUAUCAUACCGAGUCAAAUGAUCUUGCAUGUACCUACCAGUGUGAGUCAGAUGGUAUACGCUCCAUCCACCAGGCUGAUCCGUCCCAUAUCAGAACUGGCCAUGAUUCAGUGUUGGGUCAAACCACUGUCCCCUACAGUCGCAGUUCACGUACCACUACAUAUUCACAGAUAAAGAAAUACAUGAACAUUACUCAAAGAUGUUUAAAGUCGCAACUUUUGCGAUGGUCUGGGGGUUCUAUGUAUAAACUAUUCCUACGCGUAUUAUUAAUCGUUUUGGCAAUACUGGUAAUAUAUUAUGUAUAUAAGACCACUUGUUUAUGUGUACAAAAUUUGCUGUUAUCACUUGCUGAAAUGAGUUCAGGUCCUGAUAUGGUCUACUAAAACUGCUCGAGUGCUCGCCUGAGGUGAUAUGGUCAUAGGAUUAAACCUUCUCGGUGGACCCAUCGGGUUUCCUUGUCCCAGCUAGUGCUCCACGACUGGUAUAUUAAAGAACCUAGUAUGUACUAUCCUGUGACAGUCUAUAGGCAUAGAAUUCAUUUUAAUAUUCAGAAACAGACCACUAUUCCUCAGUUUCGUAUUGUAAAGUAUUUAAAAUACCCACAUGGUCACUGCAUGUUAAUAGCAAUAACGCACCAAUUAUUAAAACUGUAAUUUGUACUUUGCAUUAGUAAAGAAUGUUAUAAUAUUGUAUGGUAGAAUUGAAUCACAUGUUCAGGAAAUUGUGCAUCUAUUUAUGUAUGUAUGUAUUUAAGUAUGAAUGUAUUUGUCAAUAGGUUGUGCAAUAUGUUACAUUAACUGACUAUCAUCUAUAUGUGUUAAUAUUGUAAGGCGAUGUUAUCGGGACACCCCAAUCCUGACACCAUCACAAUGUUGUGGGGCAACAAAUUAAAAAUUAAAUAAAAACAUUAAAAAAAAAUAUAUACUGAACUUCAUUGGAAACGCAUCAGCCAGAUUUGUAUUUUUAAAAAUUAUUUAAUACAUGAGAAAAAAAAAUACAUUUAACUGAUUUUCUAUAACUGUAUGUAUUCUAGUAGGUAAUAAAUAACCCAAAAAUUCAAUAAAUUGGUUAGGAAUAUUGUAAUUUAUAUAAACCUCAUACACGGAUACAAUAACAACUGAAAAUAGGGUGGUGUAUUUUCAGUAUGAGUUCAGUAUACAUUCUUUGUACAGGUUUUGUUAAAUAAAUUAAAAAUAUAAAUAUA